AUGCAUGAUUGGCCCACAACCCACAGCCCACGCCUCGGAGUCGGCUUGCCCUGCCUGCCUGCCUGUCUGUCUGUCUGUCUGUGUCUGCUGGGCUGGGUUGCUAACUUGCUUUGGUGGCGCGGAUCGUCGCAUGGGUGUAAGUCAUACAGUAGGUUAGUAUAUACUACUCCCUACGCUGUACCACGCCAGAAGCUGGUUUCGUGCAGGAUGUACACAGUAGAGCUAUACUCUGUGCACUAUUAUCUUAAGCAGUAUCAUGUCAAUAACCAACUUUUUAACCGGUACAUGGAAUAUAGAAAGCCCGAUCUUCCCAAGAAGUAG